AUGUUUUGCUUCCCAAUUGCAGACAAGAGAAACAGAGCAUCAUGGACAACUGCUCAACUAGACCUGCUCGUUUCUGUGAUGAAAGAGUAUGCAGAUGCUAUUAGAUUUCGCGGUCAGAAUGGAUGGACCAAAGAAGGAUGGAAUAGCAUGACUACAUGCUUGAAUAAUCAGUUUCCGAGAGCUAAUUUCAUUGUUUCUCAACUAAAAUUUAGAGAGCAGCGGUUGAAGAAAGAAUAUUUUGUUGUCAAAUCUAUUGCAGAGAAGAGUGGCUUCGGUUUUGAUCCUAUUACAAAAAUGCCAACAACCAUUGAUGAAAAGUGGGAUGAAUUGAGCAAAGAUCAACAGAAGUGGAGAUACAAAGCUUUCCCUUACUAUGAUGAUUUGCAUGCAAUUUAUGAUGGUAAAACAGCGGAGGGGAAGGGUUGUAAGAGGACAAUUGAUCAGGUUGAAGAGAAGUUCAGUCCGGCUACAGAUUUUUCACAAGGGGAAACCUUCACCCAACAGGUUCUAAAUGCCGCUGGGCUUAAUUCGCCUAGUCCAACAUUACCUGCUCUAGGCUUUGAAGAUCAACAUUAUGAGUGGAGUAAAGGCAUAUAUGAUGACGAUGUUGAAGUAUUUCCUGUUAAAAGAGCAGAACGUAUGGAAAAUAAUAGUAAUCAUUUUCCCACGGAAGACAUGAACACACUUCCUGACCCACCACCUAUGAAAAAGGCUAGGACUUCUAAAGGCAAUGAUGAAGGUAAGCCUAAGAGAGGCAAAGACACGGCGAUUGAAGAUCUGGUUGCUGUUAGAAAAGAAGAGCUUAAAACCUAUGUGGAUGUGAAGACGAAGCAAAUUGAGAGCUAUAGAGAAAUGAAAAUGGUGCAGAUGGAAAAAAAAGAUCCUGACAAAGAUCCUUAUUGCAUUGCCAAUUGCAUUGUCAAGCUUAAGAGCAUACCAGAUCUCUCAGCAAGUGAACAUCUGAAGAUGAUCCAGCAUCUGAAAGGAGAAAGAGUUGACCGUGAAAUCUUCAUGACAGUCGAGCAUGAUGUCGUUCUGGAGAUCCUCAAGGAAGUGCUUGGCCGUCAAAUUUAA